ACUCUCUCUCUCUUUCUCUUUAUUCCCUCAAGCUUGCACUUGAGGCAUUCCGCGAUUCUCAAAGUAUCCGUUACGACACCAGUAAGGUAUUACUCGGGUAAUAUCUGAAAUGGUGUCGCAAGAAAUACGGUUCUGCCGGUCACAAAAUCGUGCAGUCGGGCGUUCGCGUGACCUUGACGUACCCGUUACUCGAGCCACAAAUUCCGUGUCGCGUUUCGGUGUGGCUAUGAGUCGUACGCGACAAGAUAUCCUCCGACGCGUACCGAAAAGGUGACGUUCCGCGCGCGUCGACAUCCUCGGCGAUGUCCCGGUAUACCGAAAAGCUCCGCGGCGGCGGCGGUGGCGGCGGCGCGUACACGGAAUUUUCUCGUCUGUGUGUACGAUCGGUGUAACAUUGACGAGAUCGGUCGUCUUAUCGUGUAUCGUAAUCGGCUACGUGAGUGCCGUCCGGCCGGUACGGCAUUACCCGGGUAAUGCUCGAGAUAAACUUCGCAUCUCACGCGUAUUCGGUUCGGUAAGAGAAAAAACCGCGAAACAACUUGGACACGACUACUGACUCGGUUAUCGCGUGCACUCGACGCCUUCGAAAGGCGAUCUCUGAAUUUGGUUCGACUCAUUGAAAGUCCACGCGACCAACAUUUAUGGAUCGUGGAUCGAAGCGUACUGCAAUUCUGGACAUGCGGAGAUGUGGCGAUGGCCAGUCGACCCAAAGGACGAGUGGUACUGGUUCUUCUAGAGGUUUCAUGGCGAUUAAUUCAACGUAUUAUCAUCUUUAUGGCCGUUCUGUCAUGUUUUGAGAAUUAACGUGUUCACUGCUCUCGCAGGAGUUCGGAUCACCAGUUUUCGCUCCUCCAGUGUCUUCCAUUUUAUCACUUCUGUAAGGAAUGUCACGGGACUAUGAUAGACGAAGAGGAGGCAGCGGUAGUGGUAGCAGCUCUAGUAAGUUACGGAUGGAUACCAAUGUAUCACAACCUAGACCACAUGGUGAAAAUUCUGGGAAGAGGAGAGAAUUAGAUAGUGUGAUGCGGAAAGCUCGUGAGUCUCAAUCAAGUUAUUGGAAUAAAAAGCUUCUGGAGGUAGAGGAGCGAGACCCAAAUCGUUGGAGGCACAGUGGAUACAAAGAGUUGUAUGUUGGAGGCACAGCAAGUGGAGAACCAAGCAGAGGACAUCCUCGCAGUCCAAGAAGUCCUAGACCUAGGAGUCCCCACAGUCCAAGACCACGCAGUCCUCGAACUAGAAGCCCACGUUCACCACGCGAUAGAUCACAUACCAGAGGAAGACCAGCACGAAGUCCGAGUACAGGCAGUACUUGCUCUGAUAGAUCGUGCAGCGUUUGUUCGCCGAAAGAACGGCGGCGCAUUGCCCAGCCUUCUCGUUCGCGUUCAAGAUCUCUUACGCCAGUUCGAGCGCGAGCACAUCCAAAAGAAAUAGUACCAUCGAGUUCCCGAGUAAUACCAACUCGAACAAGACCACGAUCACCUCCUUUGCCACGUCCACGUACACCCCCACCUACACCACAACCUCCACCGCGUCACCAAAAGGAUUAUAAAACAAUUAAAGAGAAAGAAGCCAAAGUUCGACGCAAAGAAAAACAUCAUACUAGAAUCCCGGAAGAUCCACGUGUCCCAGAUCCAAUACCAUUGAUGCGUAAACCUGUAAAGGUAGAAAAAACACAUACGAGUCAUGGAGCAACUCAAAUGAUUAGGCCUCCACCCGAAUCAUCACCCAGCGAAGACAGCGAUAGUUCUUCCACGACAUCGCAUGUGGGCCCACCCAGAAUGACAUUAUCGGAACGAUUUGGCAAAAUGGCACAAUGGAGUGUAGAUCGUAGAGAUAUGGAGAACAUGCGAAUUACAAAGGAUGGAGAAAACGCGAUGAAGGUUGUAAUAGAGGGCGAAGAAAGAAUUGCAAGACUAGGAUACGAUUCUCCGCCACCAGGUCAUUAUCCUGAAUCAUUAUUAGCGCAAGGGCCAAGAGGUCUUGAAUGUUGGGACGACGUACGCGUUAGAUAUGAUUAUUAUAAAGCGAGAGGAUAUCUCCGAGACCUCACAUUAGACGAUUACAUAAAAUGGGAAGAGUGGUGGUAUAAAUAUCAAGAAUGGUUAGAAGCCGAACGUUUUUAUGAACAGUGGGCCUCUUCAAACCGUCCUAGUGGUGGAAGUCGCAAGAGACGCGGUAGACGUAACAAUGCUGCUCACUGAAACUUCAUAAGCCAGUUACAAAACUAUUCUUGAAUCAUAGACAAUGUCAUCGAUAAUGCAUACUGUAAUAUUUGUUGUGCUUAGAAAAUACUGCAGGUGUGCAAAUGUUCUCUAUACAUACAUGAAUACUAGUAGCGCUUAAAGUUUAUAGUGAACACGAAAUUCAAGGGAAACAAAGCUAAUCAUGGCAUCGCAAAAAAUUAUACGAAAAAUAAUAUCUUCUUCGUUGAGUCCGAAACCUGUUGGUCCGUAC